AUUAGAGGAAAAAAAAAACUGCCUCAAAAAAUAAAAAAAAAACAAACAAGCCAUAGAAGAAUUUAAUCUUCUUAGUUGAGAUAUGAAUGUGAUGCAAUCGAAGUAUUGACAACAAAAUUUGAAAAAAAUUUAAUAUUUACCGUAAAGUUUAAAAAUUUCUGCCUAAAAACUGCAUAAACCCACAGCACACGACACCUGAACAGAACUGAAUCAUCAUCAACUGCCUACUAUGGAACUCGACCUCCGCUCAUUCCUUCCCGACGACACCGAUUCCUCCGAUCUCCACGUCACUCAUCACCGAACCGUCGAUGAAAUUCUCAACGACUGUGAUACUUCCUCAUCUUCAUCAUCACCUUCUCCUCCUUCUUCUCCUCAUAACAACAAUAACAAUAAACCCAUUCAAUUUCCUCAACCCGUACCCGUUUAUCUUUCUCGGGUCAAACCCGAUAAACCUCCACGCCCAUUCUCUUCCUUAUUUGGUCGUGUUACACCGAAUGCUAAACCCGGUGCUGCUCUUGCUGCUGCUGCAGCUGCUUCCAGAUCUGUUCCGACUCCACAUGCGGCGGCGAUAAUUUCCAGGAGGAGAAGUUAUAAUUUGGCUAGAACUGAAUCGGAUUGUUCUGAUGUUGAUUCUAAAGGUAGUGAAUUGGGGGAGAAAAUUGAUGAUUCUGUUGAUAGGAAAAUUGAGAGGAGUAAGAGUGUUGAUGAUGGUGAAAUUGGUGAAAUUGCAGCAAUUGAAGUGAAUGAGAAUGAUAAUGAUAAUGGUGUUGAUGUUCAGGUGAAGAAUGAUUGUUCUGUUGUGAGUGAAGUGAAGAGUGAUUUAGAUGAGUGUUUAGUUUCUGCUUCCUUGAAUGAUGUUGAAAAUGGUCAUGAUCACGAUCACGAUAAGGGUUUGAAUUCUACACCUUUUGAUGUUGUUGAUGAUGGUAAUGAUAAUGGUUUUGGUGAAAAAACUAGUCUUGAUUAUGUUAAUGAUGAUAAGGGUGUUAAUGAAACAGAAGAAGAAAUUGUGAAUGGUGUUGGUGUUAGUGGUGGUUUUGUUGAAGGUAUUGGGAAUGAAGUGAAUGAUGAUGAAGGCGGCGGUGCCGAUGAUGGUGGUGGUUAUGAUGAUGUUGAUGAUGGUAGUUCAAUUGUAGAUGUUUUUGAAUUAGUAGAGAAUACACUUGAGGAACUGGAAAGUGUAAGUGUUACGAAGAAAAAAUUAGAGUCUUCAAAGAAGCCGAUUGAUUUAGCUGAGGAAUUGGAGAAGAAGAAUGCUUCAACUGGUUUGCAUUUGGAAGAGGGUGCAGCCGCGCAACCGAUGAGGCUUGAGGGUGUUCGGAGAGGGUCGAUUCAAUUGGGAUAUUUUGAUGUUGAUGCUGAUAAUGCUAUCACAAGGACCAUUUCAUCGCAAACAUUUAGGCGUGAGCAUGGUUCUGCUAAAGUUUUGGUGGUUCAUGCUAAUUACAUCGCAGUUGGAAUGACAAAAGGGCUCAUUGUUGUAGUUCCCAGUAAAUAUUCCAUUCAUCAUGUGGAUAAUACAGAUGGAAAGAUGUUGAUGCUUGGUAUACAAGGUGAUCGAUCACAUGCUCCAGUAACGUCCAUGUCUUUCAAUCAGCAAGGAGAUCUUCUUUUAGCUGGUUAUGGUGAUGGUCAUGUUACACUCUGGGAUGUACAGAAAGGGGUAGUGGUAAAAGUUAUCAGUGGAGAGCAUACGGCACCGGUGGUACAUGCCUUUUUUCUAGGACAAGAUGCCCAGAAUACUCGUCAAUUUAAAGCAGUUACAGGUGAUUGUAAGGGUCUGGUUGUCUUACAUCAUAUCUCAGUGGUUGUUUUGAUUAAUAGGUUCAAAAUUCAAACUCAGUGUCUUCUUGAUGGGAAAAAUACGGGCUUGGUACUAUCUGCUUCGCCACUCCUUUCCGAUGAAUUCGAUGGAAGUGCCUCAUCUUAUUCCCAGGGAAACGCUACAGUCUCAGCCAGCAGUAUAAGUAGCAUGGUCGGAGGUGUAGUUGGAGGAGAUGCAGGUUGGAAACUCUUCAAUGAAGGCUCUUCUCUGGUUGAAGAAGGUGUGGUUGUAUUUGUCACCCAUCAAACUGCUUUGGUGGUACGGCUCAGUCCCAAAUUGGAAGUCUAUGCUAACCUCUCUAGGCCAAAUGGAAUUCGAGAGGGUUCUAUGCCAUAUACUGCAUGGAAAUACAUGGCACAAGCAUCUAGUUCUACUGAAAAUAUGUCUGCAGAAGCUGUUGAAAGAGUUUCAUUGCUCGCAAUAGCUUGGGAACGGAAAGUUCAGGUUGCAAGGUUGGUCAAAUCAGAAUUAAAAGUAUAUGGAGAAUGGUCUCUUGACAGUGCUGCUAUAGGUCUGGCAUGGUUGGAUGAUCAGAUGCUGGUAAUUCUCACUUCAACUGGACAACUGAAUUUAUUUGCCAAGGAUGGAACUGUGAUUCACCAAACAAAUUUUGGUGUAGAUGGUAUUGGAGGAGAUGAACUACUUUCAUAUCAUACUCACUUUGUUAACAUAUAUGGGAACCCUGAGAAAGGUUAUCAUAACUCCAUUGCUGUAAGAGGAACUUCUAUUUAUAUACUUGGUCCAACACAUCUUAUUGUUUCUCGUCUUCUCCCUUGGAAAGAACGUAUCUUGGUUUUACGGAAAGCAGGUGAUUGGAUGGGGGCCUUAAACAUGGCAAUGACUCUUUAUGAUGGCCAUGCUCAUGGGGUUGUUGAUCUACCAAGAACCUUGGACGCAAUACAUGAAGCUAUAAUGCCCUACUUGGAGGAGUUGCUUACAUCAUAUGUUGAUGAAGUGUUCUCCUAUAUUUCGGUGGCUUUUUGCAACCAAAUUGGAAAACCUGAUCAACCCUAUGAUUCAAAUAAUAGAAGCAAUUCAGUGCAUUCUGAAAUAAAGGAGCAAUACACCCGUGUUGGUGGAGUUGCUGUUGAAUUUUGUUGUCAUAUCAAACGGACAGACAUCCUUUUUGAUAAAAUUUUCUCCAAGUUCAUUGAUGUUCAUGUUCAACAGAGAGAAACAUUUUUGGAGCUUUUGGAGCCGUAUAUUUUGAAGGAUAUGCUUGGAUCUCUACCUCCUGAGAUUAUGCAAGAACUGGUAGAGUAUUAUAGCACGAAAGGGUGGCUACAGCGGGUUGAGCAAUGUGUACUUCACAUGGAUAUUUCAUCCUUGGAUUUUAAUCAGGUGGUCAGAUUAUGCCGGGAACAUGGACUAUAUAGUGCCCUGGUGUAUCUCUUCAAUAAAGGCUUAGAUGAUUUUAGAGCACCUCUUGAGGAGCUCUUCGCAGUCCUACAAAAUAGCCAGAAGGAAAAUGCUAUUGCACUUGGGUAUAGAAUGCUGGUUUAUCUCAAGUACUGCUUUACAGGUCUUGCCUUUCCACCAGGCCAUGGAACUAUUCCUCCUACGCGGUUGCCAUCUCUUAGAAAAGAACUAGUAGAGUUUUUGUUAGAGGACUCCAGUGCUAUGAAAUCACGGACAGUUUCAGGUUCAAUGUCGAAACAGCCAUACGUGAAUCUAUAUCUCCUCUUAGAGUUAGACACUGAAGCUACAUUAGAUGUCCUCCGAUGUGCUUUCAUGGAAGAUAAAUUAUCAAAUUCCAGCUCAUCUUCACCGGAGUCAGCUGAUAGACCUAUCGAAGAAGCAAAAGAAGAAAAUAAUGUUACUGAAACUGAAAAUGUUUUGGUUCAGAAUACGGUGGAUGCUCUAAUUCAAAUUACUGAUAUGAAUGUUGUUCCAUCAGAUACAACCUCUAGUAAUGGGGAUGACGGAUUAUCAAAAGUGGGGACUUCGAAAGACAAAGGCUGUGUGUUUGAGUUCAUUGCAUAUUAUGUUGCUCGCCAAAGAGCUAAAGUUUCAAAGGGCAUGCUUUGUCGAAUAUUGGAAUAUUUGACAUUAGAUAAUCACAUUUCAACUAAUGUUUCUUCUCACAGUUCAACUCCAAAAAAUAGAGAGAAGCAAGUGCUUGCACUUCUGGAAGUAGUUCCCGAGUCCGACUGGGAUGUGCCAUUUCUUCUAGACCUAUGUGAGAGAGCCAAGUAUCAUCAGGUUUGUGGAUUGAUUCAUUCCAUCAGACAUGAGUAUGUGGCUGCAUUGGAUAGCUAUAUGAAGGAUGUAGAUGAGCCUGUUCAUGCCUUCUCCUUUAUCAACAAAGCAUUCUCACAGUUUAUUGGUAAUGACCGUGCUGCUAUUCGAUCAGCAGUCCUAUCUCGAAUUCCUGAAUUGGUUGAACUAAGCAGGGAAGGUGCAUUCCAUAUGGUUACCAGACAUUUUAGUGAUGAAAGUUCCCAUAUCAUCACUAAACUUCAUUCUCAUCCAAGAAGUCUUUUCCUUUAUUUAAAGACACUCAUUGAGCUACACUUAUUUGGCACCCUAGACUUGUCUGGUUUGACGAAGGAUGUUAUUACGAAUCCCCCUAAUGUAAAACAGGUUAAGGAUCCGCCACAAGGAAUUCAUGAUUACUUAGAAAAUAUAUCCGAUUUCCCCAAGCACAUGCGUGAAAAUCCAAGUCAUGUGCCUGAUGAUCUUAUUGAGCUUUACCUAGAGCUAUUAUGUCAGUAUGAACGGGGUUCAGUUCUGAAGUUUCUAGAAAUGUUCGAUAGCUAUCGUGUGGAACAUUGUUUACGCCUGUGCCAAGAAUAUGGCAUCAUAGAUGCUGCUGCUUUCUUAUUGGAAAGAGUUGGUGAUGUUGGUACUGCUCUUUCACUUACUCUUUCUGAUCUGAAUGAUAAAUUUGUUGAGCUCGAUACUGCUGUGGAGGCUGUAGUCUUAAAUCAUCCCAAGCUUGAUUCUUCCAGUACAGAAGUAUUCAACACUGUUUUAAGAACAAAAGAGGUGAAUGGCAUGUACGAUUUAUUGCAUGCCUGUAUCGGUCUGUGUCAGCGGAACACUCCUCGUCUAAAUCCUGAGGAGUCAGAGUCACACUGGUUUAAAUUACUGGACUCGUUCUGUGACCCAUUGAUGGAUUCAUCUGUUGAAGAGAGAGCAUAUGAACGAAAAAAUUAUUUUGGUGUGCUGGCUGAAUCAGAAGAUUCACAACUGGAUAAAGACACCUAUAAAACCAGUUGGAAGAUUUCAAAGUCCCGAAAUGGUGAUAUCUUGAGAAAAUUGCUAUCACAGUUCAUUAAAGACAUUGUUGAGGGAAUGAUAGGUUUUGUUCACCUUCCGUCUAUCAUGUCCAAACUCUUGUCUGAUAAUGGUAGUCAAGAAUUUGGAUAUUUUAAACUUACGAUAUUAGGGAUGCUGGCAACAUAUGGUUUUGAAAGAAGAAUUCUGGAUGCUGCCAAAUCCUUGAUAGAGGAUGAUACAUUCUAUACCAUGAGUUUACUCAAGAAAGGGGCGUCUCAUGGAUUUGCUCCCAGGACUUCAGUGUGCUGUAUUUGUAACGCCCUGCUUACAAAAAACUCAGUUACCACCGGAAUUCGAAUUUUCAACUGUGGCCAUGCAAUUCAUCUCCAGUGUGAAGUCUCUGAAGUCGAGUCGUCAAGCAAAGGAUUUUCAUCUGGAUGCCCUGUAUGCAUGCCUAACCAAAAACCCCAAAAGUCUAGAAACAAAUCAACCACUACAGAUAAUGGUUUGGUCAAUAGAUUCUCAUCAAGACGCCAACACCCGCAUGGAAGUACAAUUCAUCACCAUGACAAUGAUUUAUCAGAGAAUAUGUAUGCAGGACAGCAACAGAUAUCACGGUUUGAGAUCUUGAGCAGCUUGCAGAAAAAUCCAAGAUUUAUGCAAUUAGAAAACUUGCCUCCUUUGAGACUUGCCCCGCCUGCUGUGUACCAUGAAAAGGUAAGUAAAGUUGCACACUAUCAGACUGGAGAAAGUAGCAACAGUUCUGCAGUUAUAGAUAAACAUAGUCGUCAAAAACAAAACCGGGAGCUGAGAGUUAGAGGUUCAUCGAUUCGUUUUCCUCUAAAAUCAAGUAUAUUUGGCAAGGACAAGACGAAUAAGCGGUGACAUAACUGUUUAUAAGAACAAGAGAUCAAACACUAACCAACUAACUGUACAGGCUAACAGAAGAUAUCUUCUCUAUUAGAAGAUUUGAUGCAUAUCUAACCAUUAUUAUUCUUUUGUAUCUUACUCUACUUUUUGUACUUGGUAGUUGAUACUAACUGUUGUAACUGUUGUAUAUAAGUUAUGCACAAGGUUGUUCAUGUGUACAAUAUAAAAACCAUUUGUAAUGAGUUUUAAGAUUAAAAAAAAAUAAAAAGUAAAAUAUUUGAAUCUUGUGA